AUGCCUUUCCGAGACUUCAUAGUCCUUGACGCAAUUUUUGAGAAUGGCGACGGCGCCUUGCAGCGUCGAGUAACCUCUGCCAACUGCUUUCCGACAGACGUUACAACAGACUGCGCUUCUCUAUUAUUUAGCACAGACGCAAGCGGUGGUUCCAUUGCCCUCCUGCCAACCGGCACCGUAUGGUUCAUCAGUGCCAUGAAGAGCCCAACUUCUUGGAGCCUUGUGUCAUUGUCCGGAGACACUGUCGCGACGGCGACGAAACUGCGAAGAAGCAACUUCCUUGUUCAGCAGAACAACUUGGUGGUGUUGAUGGUCCCUGGCGACCAGCCGGAAUCAUUCGCCUGUUGGACAUCCGGUGAUGCUUCGGCUCGACGUGGUCCGCGCGCCAAAACAACCGCAGCAUCGGCAGAUGUCCUGUUGGCGAAUAUUCGCAUCGAGUCGAAGACCGCAGAAGCACACCGUCUGACCUACGAUCCUGCCAGGGGAUCGGCAAUUCCUCUCUUCUGUCUUUGGGUGGCCGAAUUUCAAAGGCUGAGGAGGAAGGGACUUGUCAAAAGGACGAGGUGCCUGCUCGCGCCGCUUCAAAAGAGUUGAGAUUUGUCAUCCUUCUGUGACGUUUCACAUGGCUUCUCUCGUUUGUGCUCUAGAAAUUCCUGAUGUAGUCCUCUGCUGAUUGUAACAUAGUUCAAUAUUUCGUAAUCAAUAGAGACAUAACUAAACGAUAACCCGAUUGCCCGAAUA